UUGUUGGUGAACUUAUGCCUCAAGUUAGCCUCCUCUGUCCUUGUAUGUCUCUGUGUUGUCAUUACUUUGCUAUCAAUUCAAUCAUUACUCCAAUAAAGAAUAUCACAUAGCUAACUGGAUGUGUUAUUUGUUAAUUGGCAUGAAGAGCUCAAAUUCUCAAGCAUAAAGUACUUGUCUUUUCGCUGUAUUUAUUUGUGUGUUUUGAUUAGUGGUGAAGCAUGUUCAAGGUUUUCUUAUCAAUUUGUUGGUACUUAGAGAAGAAAAAAAUGGAACAAAAAUUUAUUUUUUAUCAAAAGAUAUAUGUUCCCGUGUCAAAAAUAGACAACUGGUCCUUUUGGUUAUUCCCCAAGAAUGAUUAGAUGUAUCUCCAUUCUCCUAAUAAUGGUCAUUGCCCACACCCUGUCAAACUUGCAUACCAACUGCUUCUUCUGCUUUAAGUUCUGCAGUUUACACUUCAAUGUAUAGAUGUGUGUGGUUCACCGUUUUUUUCCCUUUUUUCUUUAUCCUAAUGUCACAUUUGUGGCAAGGACAGUGGACAAAUCUCUGUAUCUCCCUUUGGACAGUACUAGUUUAGUAAGUACCAUUCAUGCUCAAGAUAGGGUGGACCAUAUAAACUGCCCACUUUGUGCUUCCUGGAAGCUAAAUGACUAGCAGUUGAAAACUGUUAACAGAGGGAGGGAAAGCGAAAGGAUGUUAUUGGGCUGUUGUAGGUUCCCUCUCACAUCUUAUGUGUUUGCAAACACAAGAUGUAGAGAUAAAAGUAGAAGUGGGCUUUCUCGCAAAGCAGCAACUCGACAAAUCCAUGCCAGUAAUGGAGAGUACAACAACAACAAAAAGAAGGUAGUCAUUGUUGGCUCAGGCUGGGCUGGUCUUGGUGCUGCAUACCACCUCUGUAACCAGGGAUUUGAUGUUACUGUUCUUGGAGAUGGGUAUGAUUUUGGUGAUCCUGAUGAUGUUGGUAUCCAUGGUUUUUGGUAUCCCUACAAAAACAUAUUUAGCCUUGUUGACGAACUGGGCAUGAAGCCCUUCACUAAUUGGUUGCAGUCCGCACAAUAUUCAAAAGAGGGACUAGAGGUUGAAUUUCCUGUUCUCCAAGAUCGGCCUCAACUUCCUGCACCAUUAGGAACCUUAUUCUAUACUCAAUUCAAUCGGCUCCCAUUGGUGGAUAGAUUAACAUCUGUUCCUCUAAUGGCCGCAGUAAUUGACUUCGACAACACUGACAUGGCUUGGAGGAAAUAUGAUUCAGUUACUACAAGGGAGCUUCUCAAACAGUCUGGCUUCUCAGAAAGACUUUAUCAGGAUGUUUUUGGGUCAUUACUUCAAGUGGGUUUGUGUGCUCCGCUAGAGCAAUGCAGUGCAGCUGCUGCACUUGGAAUGCUGCAGUUCAUGGCCAUUUCACAUCAGGGAGAUCUCGAUAUCGUAUGGUGUCGCGGGUCAGUCAGAGAAAGGAUUUUCAAUCCAUGGAUAGAGUUGAUGAGUAGUAAAGGCUGUCAAUUUGUGGACAGUAAAAAGGUGAUAGAUUUUUCAUUCGAUGAGGAAACAGGUUGCAUUUCAGACGUGGUUUGUGACAAUGAGACAUACAAGGCAGAUGCAGUUAUUUUAGCUGUUGGAAUUUCCACGGUCCAGGAACUCACUAAGAAUAGUGCAGCAUUAAAUACAAGAGAGGAGUUUCUGAAGGUUUUAAACCUGGCUGCCAGUGAUUUGGUCUCCACUAAACUUUGGCUAGACAAGAAGAUCAGGAUUCCAUUUGCAAGGAAUGUUUGCUCUUCCUUUGAUGAUUCGUCUGGGUGGACUUUCUUUAACUUGAACGAACUUUUUGAUGAGCAUAGGAACAGUCCUGUAACAAUUGUCCAAGCUGAUUUUUAUCAUGGUAAUGAGUUGGUACCGCUCAAAGACGAAUACAUAGCUACAAAAGUAAUGCCUUAUCUCUCCAAGUGCGUUAAGGACUUUGAGGCAGCUCGUGUUACCAAUGUGGAAAUUGCCAGAUUUCCAAAAUCCAUGACACAUUUCAUUCCAGGUUCAUACAAAUAUAUGAUGCGUGGAUCUACAUCUUUCCCGAACUUGUUCAUGGCUGGCGAUUGGAUUAUUUCGCGGCACGGAUCAUGGUCACAGGAAAAAUCUUAUGUGACUGGACUCGAGGGUGCCAACCGGGUGGUAGACUUUCUUGAAGAAGGAAACUAUGCUAAAAUAAUUCCACUAGAGGAAGAUGAACCUCAUAUCCAAGCUCUCAGAAACCUUAAUAGAAACUUUAAGGAGUUCAACUCUCAAUUUCCACUGUCUGAUUAUUUCCUCCAGUGAACCUUUCAUUCAAAUAUACUAAUAUGUUGCACUGA